AUCAGUAAUAUUUAGUAAAGCAUGUAAAUGCUGCUAGCUAGCUAGUUGGGGCACACAGUAUACAGUCCAUACACGUAUACAUAGUACACACAGUACUUAUAUGUUUGUAUACAGUAUAUAUUCAUACACAUAUAAAAGAACACAAUAUGCAAAUGAGGACAGAAUGUAGUUUCUGACAUCACAGCAGUUGAGUGAAUUCUAGAACUGAUUCUAGAGUGCAGAAGGUGUUACUAAUACCAGUGUAUCAACCUCAGACAGACAACAGUAGUCUAAAGGACAUUUUAGGUUAACUUGUGUUUACAGAGCGAUCAAAACAGCAACCAAAAUGUUUGGACUGCGUUUUUUUGGACAGAAGGUUUGUUUCUUAGAUGAUCUAUACACUUUUCUGUAGCUUCUGUACUGUUGAUGUGACCUUGUGAACUGAAAAAGUUGCUGUUGUUUAGACUUUCAUCCAGUCCGAUGUCUCGUAGAUACUUUCUGUCAACUAUUAUUAUAUCAGCUAUGAAGACAUUAUUUUUCUCACAAUAUUCAACUCAUUUGUCUUUAUUCUGACCAGAAACAACAAACACCUGCAGAGGAUGUUGUGGCAGCUGAGAGCGAGCAGCUCCUCGGCUCUCAUAGGUAAGUAAUGUAUAACUGUUCUUUUACUGUUGUCCUAACACUUUUUAUUUAUUUACAGUUUCAUUAGCUAAACUAAUGAUUGAUUUCUGGCUAAAGAUGAUUCCACAAUGCAAUAAAAUCUUGUUUCUGUGUACCAACAGUGCUGCUGCUGCCGCCUCUGAAAGGACCAAGAGGGCGCCAUGGUGGAAAUGCCUCUUCUGUCAUUGUGAGAAGAAGGAGGAUGACAGGAGCAAAGAAAGCACUUCUGACAGCACCGCAGCGGUCGAGUUGAGCUCGAAGGUCCAGAAGAGCCACUGGUGGCAUCGGCUGCUGAGAUGCUGCAAGAGAAGACAUCGGGUGGCUCCGUCUCCAGAGGAGGAGGAACCUCAGGGCCCUGUGGAAACCCAAUCAAACGCGGUUCCUCAGGAGGCCGACGUGGUGCAAUGUGAGGAGCCAGUCGCACUCUUCGGCGGGCAAGGAGACACAAUGGCUGACACUUCAUUGUUGGCAGAGCUGCUGAACCCCGACACCAUCCUGGAGCAGACUGUAAUAGAGGCGCUGAUCCGGGAACAAGUGAGCAGAACCACAAGGAGUGGUGCUGGUCGUGGGGAUGCUGUAAAGCGGAGCACCACCACCACGACCGACCGCUUCGGGUUUCCAAACAUCGGGCAGACCUGCUACCUAAGCUCCUGCCUGCAGAGCCUCCUUACCCUGGAGGACUUUAUAAGGGACCUCAGCAGCCAGGAGCAGGUCUGGACUUCAGUGCCUAAGGCCCAGCUGAUCAGAAGAUUAAUGGCGAUCAGAGACGUCCACACCUCCACAGACUCCGAAAGGAAAGGCCGCCUCCUUCGUGGAUUUAUGAAGGCGCUUUCGGUCCAGGCUCCUGAGUUUGGCGAACUCGGAAACCUGCAAAAGGAUGCUCACGAGUUCCUGACCUCAGUCCUGGACCAGAUAAGGAGUCUGUCCCCUCACCUGCAGGUCGUUGCAGCCAGCACGGGCAGGAGGUACACCUGCCCUGUGGACGACCACCUGGUGUUCAGGAUGGAGCACACCAGGACAUGCAAGAGGUGCGGGCUCCAGUCAACGAGACAGGAGGAGUUCUCCAACCUGUCUCUGGAUCUGGUUCCUGGAGGAUCUGUGGAAGACAUGCUCCAGGACUACGUGGAGGAGACAGAGUUGGAGUUCAGGUGCGAGUGUGGAGGCAACACAUCGGGCCAGAGGUCUGCCUUCGUGACCCUGCCAAGAGUGCUCGUCUUGCACCUGAAGCGCUUCCGCUUCACGCCUGCAUUUCAGCAGGUGAAGGUGCACGACCCCGUCGGGCUGCUGAGGGACAUGGUGGUGUCCUCCAACCAGGACGCCGGCUGUUACAGUUUGGUGAGCGCUAUCAGCCAUUUCGGCUCCACGGGAGAAGCAGGACACUACAUCUGUGACAGCGUCCAUCCGGACGACUGUCCAGAUGAGCCAACGGACCGCUGGCUUACCUUUAACGACUCAUGGGUAAAUGAAACAACCGGCGAGUCUGUGUGUGAGCAGCGGCAGGAGUCGGCCUACAUCCUGUUCUACAAGAGACAGGUGUAGAAGGUGGGACGGUCCGGAAGACCUGAUGCCAGAGGAAGGGACCCGAGCGCCGUCAUCCAGUCCAGAGGAAACGCCGCGGGAGGAAGUAAGGUAAGUGUGUCUCUGUUUGACUCUGCAUGUGGUGACCAUGGAAGCAGACGACCGAUGACCCCGCCGACCACUGAAGGAUGGACGUCAGAGGCGCCGUGGCCAGGAGCAGCAGGACGUCCCACAGCCCACAGGAGGAUGGGCUCCCCCAGAGAGCCUCGGUUCCUCCCAAGGUUUCUUCCAAUCAGAGGGAGUUUUUCCUUGCCUCCGUCGCCCCACAGUCGCUGGACAGCAGGACGAAUCCGCCUCGUCUCGUCAGCAUCGAAACCAAGACUGGAGCUUCAGACAGAACUAUUACUGUCACGCUGUAGAGACGGUUCUGUAUUGUACCAGCGCUCGGCUUGCUCUCUGGGAAGAAC